UACUUCAAAUAAUCUCAGGAAUCCCGUUUCCGGAUUGCGAGACAUUUUUGGGACACCCUGUAUACGCUAUGGUCUUGAAGAUCGCUAAAAUCACUACCAGAAUUAUUUAGCACUCUGAUGAGCUUCGUGACGAUGCUAUCAAACCUUUCGAUAUAAUUUAAAUAAAUUCUAGAACAAUUAUUCUUGCACUAUUUCGUAAUCGAACGCGGAAUUCUAGUCCCUCCGUGAAAUGUGAAAUGAAAUACAUUCGACUCGUGAUUAAAAUCGUUGAUUCGCGAUGAAUCAACGAUCAAAUGUAAUACUGCUCUUUCAUGAAUGAUCAUUAAGAAGAUACAUGGUCGUAACAUUUAUAACUUGGAUUACCCAUGGUGUUAAUGUAAUUGUGUUGGCAACUAACCCCGAAUGUGUAUGAAUGCUGUCGCGUUCUCAAAUUAUUCCGCAUUGGUUCGUGUUUUUUGGUAUUUCAUAUUCUAUUAAUUGUUGUUUCCAUUUCUCUUUCUACAAUCAGCCUGUGCACUGUUCUUCUAAUUAACGUCCGUUAUUCGUAUCGAUAAUUCUUUAAAAAUUCGACUACUCUGUCUCGUGGUUCUGUAAAUAAUCCUGUCUUUCUAAUUUCAAAGUUCUCGUAUCCGUGAGAUUACAUUAAACCUUUGAACGCACUUAUCUGUACCACUGAUUUUUAUUCGCAAAAAAUACGAUAUUAUUCGCACACGAUUAUAUCACAUUAUGUUAUAUUACUUAUACAAUUAAAUCAUUAACACGAUUAAAUCAUUUCUAUAUACACGGUUGAAUAAAUAACGUCGCUUCAAAGGUUUAAUCUCCUCGUCUGUAGCCGAUGUUCUCUGAAUGGAAUUCUGUCAAAUCACGAUUUCGAGGACAAUGUUCGAAGCAAGAAAAAUGCACGAGACUGUUCUGCUAGAAAAUAUUCUUAGCCCACGACGACUUUCCUCUUUUAUAAUCACGCGUAAAAUGCCGAAAGCUUGAUGUAAAUUUUGCAAAUAAUAUAUCAGAAAUUAAUAAACGCUACCGGGAACAUGUUAAUAAUAAUUUUCGCAAAUAUCGAUUAUGACGAACACAGUAAUUAUUUAUUUAAAUCGUCGAAUUAGUCCGCUAAUCAAGCCGGUCUAUAAUUCUGUUUCUAGUCAGCUGCAUAAUUAUGUUAGCGUGAAUUUUACAGUGAAAUUUUCUCGUCCGAUUUUUCAGUAGCUACGGUACCAGUUACUGAAACUACGGUACAGUCAAAAUUGUCGAGCCGAAGUAUAAGCAUAGUUAAUCGAAAAAUCCGAAGAAUUUGCAUGGUAAAGACGGAGGUCGGAGAAAUUGGACGCGGUCCAAAAACUGCGGCACGGCGCGUCAGUUACGCGUUGCUACCGGAGCUUUCCUCCGUGAAAGUUUCAUGGGGAAAGAGCAGGUCAGGGCAAGGAUUUCGUAGCCUGCCUCGGGGACCGUCGCGACGUCGUCUUAGUCGUCGUCGUAGUCGGCGUCGGAGUCGGUGAGAACUUCGCAACAGUUUUCUUGUUUUCGAGAAUCUCGAGGAAGUCACCGUGCAUUUUUCUUCCCUCGUCAACUUUGCCUCUCCCCGUCUUUUGCGACUCUUCUAAGCGAUUUAUGCGUUCAAUUCCCGGGGUCGUGGCUCUUCCUCUGUAUAUAGCAUCGCGUCCAUGAACGAUCCGUUGAGUCCAGGUACGAGCAACUGCUCAUGGACGUCCUGUAGAGAGGGUUGCACCAAGGAGCUGUACGAUUGCACGCAAAUACGCGUCAACUACAAGCUACCGACUAACGUGUCUGAGGAUAGCGACGGACAGGUUGAGGGAGGUGGAGCGGUAGGAGGUGUCGAGGAUGACGAAGACAGCACGACGAUGGGAAAACCGCGUUACGAGCGCUCCCUCAGGGAGUACGAUUACGUGGAGGAGGACGACUUCCCCGAGGACGAUGAAACCGGACUGCCGAAACCCUUCCCUACAGGUCUCAUGGGCAACGACUCCGAGUGGUAUUUCACCGGGGCCAAGCUGUUCCCCAACGUAAAAGGCUGUGGAUACCCUCCAAUGCUGAAUUGCAGUAUUUUCUACCGGCAGUACUCCAUCAUAGGGCAGAACUUUAGCUGUUACUACUCGAAAGUGGACCCCGGGAUAGUCAUCAGCGACCUCGACAUGUGGCAGGUGUACAUGAAUCUGGUGUACGCGAUGGCGAUUCCGAUACCGUCUUUCAUAAUCUCGGUGAUAUACCUCACCAUCGCCUACUUCAAGAUCUACAACGAAGAGGACGUGGUCCUCGUGGGCGGCGAGGAGGGCGAGGACGGCGGGGAGGGUGAAGGUAGCAACGCGACACCCCUGCCAUUGACGAGCAGCGCCCUUACGCCCGGCAGCGAGGCUUUCAGGGAAGAUCUAACAAGCUUCGGGUAUCAACUGCAAAUCGCCAUGGCCGACGACGUCAGCAGGGACAAGCUGGACGAGAUACCAAACUCGUACUCCACUCAGGGAAACUUGAGCAAGCCGAUGACGACGAGUAUCUCAACUCCCCCUGGGCCGACGGCAGCAGUCUGAAGCGGCACUUUCAAGGUCUGAACAACAUCUCGUGGAAACCGCACUAAAGUGACCCAAGCACGGGGACGAGAGAACGCGAAGGACCGGAAACGAUCGAGAGAGAGAGAGAGAGAGAGAGAGAGAGAGAAUACGGAAGAGAGAAAAAGGGGGGGGGAAGAGCUUCUACGAAGCCUGUCAAAGUUACCGACCGCGAACAGCCAAUAUUCUCUCAUUGUCGGCAACUAAACCGGCGGGAAAGAAGAACACGGGGCUAGAGGGGAUGAUGAAGGAAGGAAGGGAGGGGGAGGGGGGCGAUCAAGCAACCAAGUAUGUACUAGCAACGCGAAAACUAUAGGAACUAACGUAGCUACAGGAAUUCUCACGGACUGAACCAGAGGUAGUACACGAUGCUCAACGGCAUGUUUUUUUCAUGCGGGAAAGAAAAAAAAAACCAACACCGGGCGUCGAUUUUCGUCCAAGUCCAGAACGGCGUUCUCUCCUCGAGCAAAAGGACCGAGACGAUGGAAAAGGAGAGAAAGAGAAGGGGAUGAAGGAUAACGGAACCCGAGGAAGUGAUCCAGAGAGUGUCAUCCGUACGAAUGUUAGGGUUUAAAGGAAGAAAUAACGCCCGCACACCGCUGUCGCAUCACUGUCCCCGUACGCGCGCUAAUUAUCAUCCAUAGAGAUAAACGAUAUUUUGUGACAGACUUUUUUCUACUCGAUAACCGCCCGUGCUACGACCGUCUUUGAACGGCGGGAACCCCCCGGAGGAGUUCCGCCGAUCGAUUCAAUCCGUCGAGGACUCGCUCUCGUCCAUCCCGACCGAUCGUGCCCGGCCGAGGUCGAACGAUCGGCUCGUUUGGCGGCAAUCCAAACAGGAAAUAUUGUAUUUAGAUUCGCUGUCGAUGUGUACUCCGACGCCAGAUUCUCGUCGCCUCCCGAGGGGCACUUCCGGAAACAUCGAAGAAGAAUCUCGUUAAGGAAGAGGCUCGCCGCCCGAUUCGAAGCAAACGACGCGGGCCUCGACAAUGUCCGCGCGCGGAUAUUCGGACGCGCUUCUUUGCUUCUCGGAGUUCCCGUCUCUCUGGUUUCGCGAGAGAGGGAGAAAGAAAGCGGCUUGAAAAGCGGUGGUCGCCGUCAGACACCGUGAAUUUCUAAUCGGCGAAAAAUUCUUCUGUGUUCCAUGCGGUCGCUCGACGACCGGAUAAGACGAAACUCGCAAAGCUUACGUCCACGAAACAAACACUUGUCCACACGUCAUCUCGUAGGAGCCGAGACGCGCGAGAUUGGCUGGCCGCGAGAGCGAGACCGGCCCGAUUCAACCCGCGGCUUUUACAGAAAACUUGUCUUUCGGCCAAACUCCCGUCAGCCAAAUCGUAGUACUCGUAUCCGAUAGUUUCUCUCGAGCAACACUCUCGCGAACGCUUUUCGGAAACCGAUCUCAACAGCCCGCGCGCGCGGCCGCGCGUCGCCGAUACACACGCGCGCUGCUCGCCGCGGGUUCCGCGCCGCGAUUCGUGUAGUCAUUACCCGGCGCGGAGGCACCUCCUGCUAAAUGCGACCGAACACGGAACACGGAACAGGGUCGUCUCGCCGUGUCUCACCCUCUCGUCCGUUCAGCGUCGAAUCGAUUCGAUCGCGCCGAAGAACGCGCACACAACCGCGAGAAACUUCCACGAAAUCAGCUCCACCCGUCGCGAAGUCGCAAGCAAGUCAAGGAGAAACGCAUAUUCCUGCCGAUUCCGAUUUUAGCAGCUCUACGCAACACACCGAGUGAGGGGGGGAGAGAGAGAGAGAGAAAGAAGAAACACCGGUCCUUUCGAUCGGCGAUCGCGCGCCGAUCGCUCUGGUUCACUCGUCGAGGAGCACGGGAGAUCACGGAAGAUCACGAUCGCGACCGCGAUCGUGCCCGCUGGAAGACGAGGAGACGGACGCCGAACGAUCGCGUCGCUCGCGUGGACUAGAUAGCUUAAACGAGAGUAAACUCGCUAAUGUUUAAGGAUACCGUUACCGAUUACCAUGUAUCGCUAAGUUAAAUAUCCGCUUGCUGUGUGAUCAUGACGCAUUUCGAGACACGCCGCACUCUCUACGAGCAUCGUAGACGAGCCGACGCACAUUCUACCAGACACCGAUACACACGCCCGUUCUCACCGUGCCGCGACACACACGAGUUUCCGAUCGAGGGUUCUUCAGGGUGUGGGGGCUGCUCCUGUGCUCGUGUGCUCGUUCAAUCGAAAAUUCCACUCGCGGAGCCGGCCGAUUCGCCGCCCCACUACCCCCGCACGGUUCACGUGUUUUUAUAGGGAAGAAUGUGGAGGAUGAAGACCGAAGGAUCGCUGUCGAGUAAAUUCGCGAAAAAAAAAA